AUGGUCGCCGCUGCCGCCGCCGCCAUCCUCCCGAUUACCUUCCUCCUCCGCCGUCGCCUGAAUCCCUUCCACCGUCCCCACCGUCAUUCGAGCCCAGCCGCUCCAAAAUCCAGACCCUCGAGUACAACGUCGAUGCAUUCAAGCUCAGUGGGGAUCACCCUCUCCGACGCCGCUAGGAACCUCCCCGGCCGCCGCUUCAUAUGGGAGUUAAAUUUUAGCGACUUCGACAUCUCGAGCGACGACUACGCGCCAAAUUCCAUCAACCUCCUCCGCAACCAGGGCGUCGAUUUCGAGCACCCCCGCAAGUUCAGUGUGGGUUCCGCCAGAAUGCUCAGGGUGUUCGAGAGGGCGAUGGAGGUGGCGGUGGAGAGGGAUCCGAUGGCGGUGUACGACAGAGUCGUCUUGUGCAGGCUGUUGUUGUACAAGAAUCAGGGUUGGGCUGGGAAAUGA